GUAUCCUCUAGAUCGCUGGUAACUUUUCGCCGUCCGAGGGCACUCCGUCUCGUUCAGUCUCAUUUCACUUUGCGUUACCGGCAAACCAUUGUUAAACUGGCUACGUAAUACGCGUUUAUUACUGGGCCGGAUUUCUUUUAUUACGGUAGAUGCUACUGUAAGGACUUGGCACGAAACAGGACAACCCCAAAAUGCAGCAGCAGUCAGUAAUGGAAGAGGGAACGGCCUAUGAGCCACCUACUUAUGAUGAGACAUUCCCUGUCCUCCCAGAAUCAGCUAGCUCCAGCUCUGGACAAUUAAACAUAUUUUCUAUAAACAACAACUUACAUCUUGGACGUAUAAAUAUUACCCAGAUGUUCCGUGUACCAGGAGAAGAGCGCAAGUUUGAUCAUAGUGAUAAAUUUGGAGAACGUGAAUCUAUUCGUACAUGUAAAACUAUUAUGAAGGAGACAAAUACUAUUAUCGAGAUUGCAUCUUCUAAAGAUCAAUCUCUGACAUUUCUUAUAACUGGGAAGCAAAAUCAAGUUCUAGAAGCUAAACGACGCAUUUUAACAACAUUUCAAACCCAGGCAAGUAAGCAGAUUAGUAUUCCCAAGGAUCAUCAUCGUUGGAUCCUUGGAAAGCAAGGGCAGAGAUUGAAAGAUUUGGAGCAGAAGACUGCUACAAAGAUUAAUGUCCCUGGUAUGCAAGAUCAAUCAGACACAAUAACGAUUACAGGAACAAAAGAAGGCAUUGAAAAAGCUGAACAUGAAAUUAGAGUUAUCUCUGAUGAACAGUCUAGGAAAGCUUUCGAAAGAAUCACUGUGCCAAAAAUAUACCAUCCAUUUAUUUAUGGUGCGCAUAAUGAAAAUCUCAAUGCCAUGAUGGCAGAAACUGGUGCUCGCAUCAAUAUCCCUCCUGCAUCAGUGCAGCAAGAUGAAAUUACCAUAGCUGGUGAGAAAGAAGGAGUUUUAGCUGCAAAGCAAAAGAUUGAAGCCAUUUACAAAGACAUGGAAAAAAGGUGUACUACCGUAUCUGUAGAAGUCCCCAAAUCUCAACAUAAAUAUGUAAUUGGACCUCGUGGCAGUACUAUAGCAGAAAUAUUGCAAACAACUGGAGUGAGUGUUGAAAUGCCUGCACCUGAUUCAGCAACUGGUACUAUAACUCUUAGAGGACCGCAAGAAAAACUUGGUCAAGCUCUUAAUAAAGUAUAUGAAAAGGCAAACAGUGUUCGUACUGCUGUGGUAGAAGCUCCAGUUUGGAUACAUAAAUAUAUUAUUGGACGCAAGGGUGUAAACAUCAAGAGAAUCACUCAGGAAAUGCCAAAAGUAAAUGUAGAGUUUACAGGCAAGGAAGAUAAAAUUAAGAUAGAAGGCCCACCUGAGGAAGUAGAGAAAGCACAAAACGAAUUGCAACUUAUGGCUAGUGAUCUUAUAGCCAAGCUUACUUUCACAGAAUUAAAUGUCGAUCCAAGAUUCUAUAAGCAUAUCAUUGGUAAAAAUGGUUGCAAUGUCAACCGUGUUAAAGAAGGUACAGGUGUUGUGAUUAAUAUUUCUGAGAAUGAUGGCAGCAAUGUUAUCCGUAUUGAAGGCAAUCUUGCUGGUGUAUUAAAAGCUCAAACAGAACUUGUUGAAAUGGUGAAGAAGCUUGAAAAUGAGAAAGAAAAGGACGUGAUUAUAGAUCACAGAUAUUACCGUAAUAUAAUCGGUAACAAGGGAGAUAAUAUUAAAGAGAUUAGAGAUAAAUUUAAUCAAGUACAAAUUACUAUACCUGGACCUGGUGAAAAAGGAGAUAUAGUAAAGAUUAGAGGACCCAAAGAAGAUGUUGACAAGUGCCAUAAGCAUCUAAUGAAACUGGUGAAAGAAUUAAAUGAAAGCAAUCAUGUGCUGGAAGUACCUAUUUUUAAGCAAUUUCAUAAAUUUGUUAUUGGGAAAGGCGGUGUUAACAUCCGUAAGAUAAGGGAAGAAACUCAAACAAAAAUCGAUUUGCCUGCUGAGGGUGAGAAGAGUGAUGUUAUAACUAUCACUGGUAAAAAGGAAAAUGUAGAGAAAGCUAAAGAAAUGAUACAAAAAAUUCAAAAUGAACUGGCCAACAUUGUUACCGAUGAGAUUACUAUUCCACCAAAGUUUUACAAUUCACUGAUUGGUACUGGAGGUAAACUCAUACAUUCUAUCAUGGAAGAUUGCGGUGGCGUCACUAUCAAAUUCCCUACAGCAGAAAGUAAAAGUGACAAGGUUAGUAUCAGAGGUCCGAAAGACGACGUCGAGAAGGCAAAAGUGCAACUUAUGGAACUAACUACUGAAAAGCAAUUGUCCAGUUUCUCAGCCGAAGUCCGUGCCAAAGUUCAACAUCACAAAUUCCUCAUUGGAAAGAAUGGUGCUAAUAUCAAGAAGAUAAGAGAAUCCACGGGCGCACGAAUUAUCUUCCCUACAGAGGAAGAUCAAGAUAAAGAAAUCAUCACAAUUAUAGGCAAGAAAGAAGCGGUUGAGAAGGCUAAAGCCGAGUUAGAAGCUACGAUCAAAGAAAUUGACAACAUUACCGAAGGUGAAAUCCGCAUUGAUCCCAAGCAUCAUAGACAUUUCGUAGCGCGAAGAGGUGGCGUACUGCAUCGAAUUGCUGAUGAGUGUGGUGGUGUACAGAUUUCAUUCCCGCGGGCUGGCGUCGAUAGCGAUCGUGUUAUUCUGAAAGGUUCGCACGAAUGCAUAGAAGCUGCGAAACAACGAAUGCGAGAGAUUGUUCAGGAAUUGGAAUCGAUGGUGACGGUGGAGUGUAUAAUACCGCAGAAACACCAUCGCACGGUGAUGGGUGCCAAGGGACGCAAAGUGCAAAGCAUAACAUCCGAAUAUGAGGUGCAAGUCAAAUUUCCCGAUCGUGAUGUGUACGACGAGCAAAAAACACCGGAUCAAAUUAAUGGCGAAAACAGAGAAGCUGGAGAAACAGUCCCAGCUUGCGAUAUAAUUCGCAUUACUGGACAACCAGAGAACGUUGCUGCUGCCAAGCAAGCUUUACUUGAUCUCGUGCCUGUUACGAUUCAAGUAGACGUACCAUUUGAUUUCCAUCGCUCGAUAAUCGGGCAGAAAGGUAAAGAUGUGCGAGAGUUGAUGAAUACGUACGAUGUACACAUUAUGCUCUCUCCGGCGGAAGAAAAACUGGACUACAUCAAAAUCUCUGGAACACCGUCGUGUGUUCAAAGUGCGAAGGAAGCUAUUCUUGAAAAAUGUGAAGCAUUGAAGGCCGAACGACAAGAUCGAGCAUUAAAGUCAUUUGAACUGAAGCUCGAAGUCGAUCCAGAGUAUCACCCGAAAAUAAUCGGCCGAAAGGGAACCGUAAUCAGCAAAAUACGAAGUGAUCAUGAUGUCCAAAUUAAUUUCCCGCGCAAGGGUGAUCUCGAAGAGCAUAUUAUCACGAUAACAGGGUACGAAAAGAAUGCAUAUAACGCACGGGACGAUAUCAUGAAGAUCGUUAACGAAUUGAACGGUUUGACGAAGGAAGAAGUGCACAUAAACGCUGCCGUGCAUUCGCGAUUGAUCGGUGCGAAAGGUAGAAAUAUCCGCAAGAUAAUGGAUGAAUUUAAAGUUGACAUAAAGUUUCCGAGAAAAACUGAUGUCGAUCCCAAUGUUGUGACGAUCGUGGGAGCGGAGGAGAACGUAGCCGAUGCCAAGGAUCGUUUGCUGAAUCUAGAGGAGGAGUAUAUGCAAGAUGUGGUGGAGAACGAGUACCGCGAAAGUUUGCGCUCGCCUCAGCGUGACGACGGGAUGGUCGGUGGCGGUGAGAACGACGCCGGCUUCAUUGUAAAAGGAGGACCAUGGGAGCAGCAACAGCAGCCUCAAAGCGCACCGAACACAGCUAGCGUGGAGGAAUUCCCUCAGUUUGCCGGUUACUCUCACGUACCUAUUGCUACUCCGGAGGGUCCGUGGGGAGUUAAGCGUUAAAAUGUAGAUCUAAAUCCGUUAGAAAAAGUCGAUGGAACGAAUCGAUGGUUAAACUAACGAUAUAAAAUAACUUUCCUCUGACAAACGAUAUAUAAAACGCUACAUACGCAUGAACAUACACACAUACGGAUGCACACACACACACACGUACACAUACAACUCAUACAUGCAUACGCACUUGUGUUGGGUGGUUCCCUGUUCCAUUACUGACGUUGCUGCAUACGACCUGGCCACUCUAUUGGACUCUGACACUGGUUUACUACACAACGUUUGACAAUGAUGUUCAUAUUUACAAUCCAUAAUACCGAUGUCCUAUGUAUCUGUAACUGCAACGCAUGUUCCAAGUUCAUCGCCAUGUCCCUGCGACCAAUGGGUCGCGCGUGAUUCUCGUGCACUCUCGACUCGAUCUCGUGGCUUUUAUCUCUGUCGAUAUGCCUUCCAGGUACAGAUAUGUUGUACUUAAGACUGUGGCUUCGUGGGAAAUAAUCGGAACGCUUUCUGCAGAAAAGGACCAAACCCACAAAAAUCGCAAAAUAAAGCCGACCGCAUGUUCUUUGUCGUAAAAUGCAAAUUGACUGUAUUCCUUAUAUUCUCAAUUUGUCUUCUACAAUAAGGGGUGAAUUUGUAUGCGUUGGUUUCUUUCCUGCAGAAUCCAACCAAUUUAUUCGUGUAUUAUAUAUACUUUCACAGAUAAUCUCUGUCCCGCGUAUAGACUGCAAACGGUCAUACGUAUUUCGUUGGACUUAGCAUAAUAAUUUGUUAAUUUAUUUAUAUCUUUUUGUACAUAUAUCGCAUUUUCUCGUUGCGUUGUGCCACUAGUGAGAGGUGGUUUUCAAAACUACAUCACGAUUGUUGAAAUUUGUACUGUAAAAUCUUCGCGAAUCAAAAAAAGAAAGGAAAGAAGGGAUAAAAACAACGUAGAGGCUUUCUAAGAAGAAGUUUGUUCCUAGAAUUUAACGUAACUUUUUAUUACGUUAACUAGAGUUAUUCUACGCACUCAGUUUACGUCUCUAAAGGUUCAGUGUGACGUAAGUGAGAAAUCUGUCGGCGUAUCAAACGCAUAUUCAUCAUCGAGUGACAGAUUUGCAAUCGGGGAUUGAAAUCUAUAUAAUUUCUGUGAGCGAGAUGAAUUUUCAAUGCUCGGUAGAGAUGAGAAGAUGUAUCUUGUAUUGCUUGCCGUAAAUUUUCAUUGUUGCGAACAAACACUAGAGAUCGUUCUCUCGUUCAUCUUUAGCAUCGUAAUUUGAGCUGACCGAAAUUAUACUAUUUUUAAUCCUUCCCUGCAAUCAUCAGUUGUAUGUAUCAGCAAGGAACGCAAUAUUUAGGAGGCCUUGAUACUUCCGCGCCGUUUAAGACUCACUAAGCAUUAUAAGAAGAUCGGCACUGUGCAGAGAAUCGUGAAAUUAUCUCGGUGUUACACGAGUAGUGAACGAUACACGAAUUCCUUUCGAUAGCCGGCUUUAUUUAUUUGUCCUGUUUUACAAUUUCGUAUAAAGUUUUAAUGUGCAAAUCCUUACACAUUCUACUGUUUAUGAGGCCAACUAGCUAAGAAAAAGAUAUUCAGUUCAAGUGCCUUGUCUAUUUUCUUCGAGACAGCUCAUUUCAAUUGUUGGAGGAAUGUGAAUAAUUAUACAUAUAAAUAAAUUAUCCGGGAUAUCCAAGAAUUAACAGUUGAUAUUUUUAGGAUGGAUUCUUCAACAAGAUCAAAGCUCUCUUUUUCAUUCUAGCAGAAAUAUCAGAGGUCGUUUCUGUGUUGAAGUUGUCCAUAUUUCGAUAUUAAAUGCUUUGUGAUAAACAAAUCUUGAAAUGGUCUUUUUAGAGUUUGUCUUGACAUUUUAGAAAUUUUUUUCCUGAAGAAUCUUAUAUUUUUAAUAUGUUUCGAAGUUUGAUAGCGUUUAUUAAUACUUUGAUAUUUUUGUUGUAGCAGUAAUCUAUUUCAAAUUGAGAGAAAAUUACCCGUCCUUAGAAUAUCAUCUGAUAGUUUUAGUACAUCCUGUAUAUAUACACAUCACAUGUAAACACAUAUAUGAAUACAGAUAAUAACUAUUCUAUACAAUUAAUAUAUGUAAUAGGUAAUAUACAUAGAGGUACCUUGGGUACACAAUGAUAUAUAUACUAUAUUGCGAUUUAAAUAAUAGGAGAUUAUCAUGUAUACAGAAAUUCACUUAUAUUUUUUAGAUUUACAGUAAUUUUUAUAAAUCUACUUGGUACGGCGACCUAUGUGUCAUCUCCAAUGCAUGGUAAAUAUAAGAGAGCCAGAAUUAGUAAAUUUUAAUAUGCUUAGUUUUGGCUAAGAAUUUGAUAGAU